AUGCUUAGCACACUUUCUUUGAAGUAUUGCCAUCAGAUUCUGUACGAUCCGAAAUUCUCGAUAAGAAAAGAAUUCAAGUUUAAAAAACUACCAAUUAUUGUCAGAAUGUUGAUAAUACAACUAAUGGAUCCAGCUGAACGAUUUGCAUUGAGUCUCACUUCAAAACGGAUGAAAACCGAAGUGAAAUUAAUCAAAAAACAAUAUUAUUACUUUCAAAUAAUUUUUCGCAAUAGAGCUUCGUAUAUACAACUGCGGGGAGUCACAGGUUUCGAAAUAUGCUGUAACUCGCUAGGAUAUAAAAGGGGAUUAGGAGGAUAUCACUGGCUACAUUACAAUAAAGGGACACUAAUUGGAAACACAGAUCUAGCUAUCAACAAAAUGUCCGAUGUUUUUAAUAUGGAUGGUCUCGAAAUGUUGUUCACCAAAGUGACUCCAAGUUUGAUACGUCUCAAAAAGAUAUUCUCCAAUGACACUUUCAAAUCAUCUUGGGACAAAAUCACAGUGCACGAUAUUGUAUUGAAUUCGGAGAUUGUCAAUUUCUUUUUGAAUAUGGCGGAUCGUCGUAAAGAGUUUUAUAUUUUUGAUUGUGACAUGCCACUGGAUUUCAAACAUGAGAAUGCUUUCAAAUUUGGAACCAUUUGUUACUUUGAUGCUCGAUGGGUCACUUUGAGUGACAUGCAGAACAUCAGAGCUGUGGAAAAUGUGUCAUUGUACAGGACUAGACUCACUUCGAAUCAUGUGAGACGCUUCAUUUCCCGUUGGAUUAAUUGUCCAAGAGAUAUGUUCAAAUGGAUGAGAAUCACAGCGAUGGAAAUUAUUCAGUUGGGAGGACUAUUCAACGAAUUGGUUGUGUUGGAGCAUGACAUGAAUCCUCCUAACAUUGGAUACUUCACACUUGCCAAGCCCACUUCGCGACCCUACAAGCUCUUGUUUAUUCACUAUAAAUUAAAUGCUGCGGUACUGUCUGCAUGGAAACCUUAUGAUAAUGCUGACAGAGAUGGAAAUAUCGAGGAAAAAUUCAAAAAGAAUAGCCGCAGAGAUGAAAAUGAAGAAAUGUUCAAAAAUGUUUAUGAGAUCCUGGUACUGCUGGAAAAAAAGAGAACAUUGGAAAAGGAGUUGGAGGAGAUAAAAGAUGUUGCGAAACGGAGAGGAUACAGAGAUCAAAUCCAGGAAUUGGAAAGAAAGAUUCAUGAGUUGGGAGUAUUUUAUCGAGAUGGAAGAGCUACUUUUUGA